AUGUCGGAGCAGAUAGUCUAUCUGCAUGGCGACCUUGACCUCAAAAUCCUCGAGGCGAGGCGGUUACCGAAUAUGGACCUCUUCUCCGAGCGGCUCCGCCGCUGCUUCACCGCCUGCGACACCAUCAACUGCUCUCGCUCUCGCUCCAAGAAGCCUCCGCAGUCGGUCGACGACAGCAAGAUUUCUCACCACCGGAAUAUCAUGACCAGCGACUCUUACGUCAAAGUCUGCGUGCCUCAGGCAACGGUGGCGCGUACGCGCGUCAUUAAGAACUCUCAGAAUCCUCAAUGGCGCGAGACCUUUUGCAUCCCGCUCGCGCAUCCUGCGGCCAAACUUGAAUUUCAGGUGAAAGAUAACGACGUCUUCGGCGCUCAGAUGAUUGGAACCGCCUCCAUCUCCGCGGAGAGAAUCGCCACCGGAGAAGUGAUUUCCGGCUGGUUUGACAUUAUCGGACCUACUGGAAAGCCUCCGAAGCCUCCUUGCGCGAUCAAGGUCGAGUUGAAGUUCACUCCUUUCGAGAAAAACCCGGUCUACAAGCACGGCAUAGCCGGCGAUCCAGCACGGAAGGGAGUCUCCAACACCUACUUUCCUCUGAGAAAAGGCAGUCACGUGCGGCUCUACCAGGAUGCGCACGUGCCGGAGGGGCUGCUGCCGCAAAUUGAAUUGGACGGAAGAAAAGUUUAUAAGCCUGAGCAUUGCUGGGAGGAUCUUUGCUAUGCGAUUUCGGAGGCUCACCAUAUGAUAUAUGUGGUUGGAUGGUCUGUGUUUCACAAAGUGAGGCUGGUUAGAGAGCCGACCCGGCCGUUGCCACGCGGCGGCGACUUAACGCUAGGAGAGUUUCUCAAGUAUAAAUCAGAAGAAGGUGUACGGGUGUUGAUGCUGGUCUGGAAUGAUAAGACAUCCAACGACGUCUACUCGGCAGGAAUGAUGGGAACGCAUGAUGAAGAAACCCGGAAGUUUUUCAAGAAUUCAUCUGUCACUUGUGUUCUGGCCCCUCGCUAUGGCAGUAGUAAGCUUAGCAUUAUAAAACAAAAGGUUGUUGGAACCGUCUUUACACACCAUCAAAAAUGUGUUAUUGUGGACACACAAGCAUCUGGUAAUAACCGCAAGAUAACCGCAUUUUUAGGAGGGCUUGAUAUCUGUGAUGGCCGUUAUGACACACAUGAGCACAGAUUGUUUCACGAUGUUGACACUGUGUUUAAAGAUGAUUUUCAUCAAAUUUCCAUUCCUAAUUUGACGGCUGGGACCAAGGCUCCAAGGCAACCAUGGCAUGACUUGCACUGUAGAAUUGACGGGCCUGCUGCAUAUGAUGUUCUUAUAAAUUUUGAGCAACGAUGGAGGAAAACCACACGAUUUAGAGAUUUUGGACAAUGUAAAAGGGUGUCUCAUUGGCAUGAUUCUUUACUUAAGAUAGGCCGUAUUUCAUGGAUACUUAGUCCUGAGAUGUCAGAUUCAGAGGAAUUUACAAUUAUUCCCAAAGAAGACCCAGCUUUAUGGGUUCAGAGAGAAGAUGAUCCUGAAGAUUGGAAUGUCCAGAUUUUCCGGUCUAUUGACUCAGGAUCGCUGAAUGGAUUUCCCAAAGAUGUCAUUGUUGCUGCGUCACAGAACCUGAUUUGCUCAAAGGAUCUAGUAAUAGAUAAAAGCAUUCAGACAGCGUACAUCAAGGCAAUCAGAUCCGCCCAACAUUUCAUAUAUAUUGAAAAUCAGUAUUUUCUUGGUUCAUCAUAUGCAUGGCCAGAUUAUAAAGAUGCAGGAGCUGACAAUCUGAUUCCAAUUGAGUUGGCACUGAAGAUUGCCAGCAAAAUCAGAGCUAAUGAGAGAUUUGCGGUGUAUAUAGUUGUACCUAUGUGGCCUGAAGGUCAUCCGAAUUCUGGUGCAAUGCAAGAAAUUCUCUACUGGCAGAGCCAGACAAUGCAAAUGAUGUAUGAUAUUGUUGCACGAGAACUGAAAGCCUUGCAGCUUCAAGAUUCACAUCCUCAAGAUUUCCUCAAUUUCUAUUGCCUUGGUAAACGGGAAAAAGUUCCUCAGGAAACAUCAAACAACAAGGAGAUCUGCGAGUCAUACAAGAAUCAGCGCUUUAUGAUUUAUGUUCAUGCCAAGGGUAUGAUAGUGGAUGACGAGUACGUCAUACUGGGAUCAGCCAAUAUUAACCAAAGAUCAAUGGCUGGUACGAAAGACACUGAGAUAGCUAUGGGGGCGUAUCAACCCCAUCACACUUGGGCUGAGAAGCAGAGACAUCCUUGUGGUCAAAUAUAUGGGUAUCGAAUGUCACUCUGGGCUGAGCAUCUUGGUAUGUUGGACACAUGCUUUAAAGAGGCAGAGAGUUUGGAAACUGUGAGGACUGUGAAUGGCAUUGCUGAAGAAAACUGGAGGAGAUACACAUCACCGGAUUUCACAGAACUGCAGGGUCACCUUCUCAGGUAUCCGUUGCUGGUAAGGGCUGAUGGUAAGGUGGAACCUCUGCCAGGAUAUGAAAAUUUCCCUGAUGUUGGCGGCAAAGUUAUCGGAGCUCAUACUAUUAAAAUUCCUGAUCAAUUCACAACAUAAGACCUCCCUGUAUACUUUUAUGUUCAUAUCACUGAUAUCAGGCGGCUAAUACUUUUUUAAGAAGUGUGGGUUUUCUAGGCAAGCUUAUGCUUUCAUCGUUCAUAUCAAGCAUGCUAUGACUGUGCAUGCGCUCGUGGUUCUAGUAGUGGCAAUCAACUUCGGACCUUUGCUAUGACUGUGCUCGUGGUUGUGUGAGCCCUAUGAUCGAACAAAGUCAUGACCACUAUGAGCAAAGACAUCACAACAACUCUUGCCGAACCCGCCAUUACUGGUACCUAUAUUUCUACGUAAACUCUCCUUUUCGAUUCUCAUUUCUAUUGUGGUUGUGAUUAGCAGCAAUUCAGCUUUAGUGGAACCUCCUGGUGUUACAAAUAUACAAAAUACCGUUAAAUACCUGUGUAAAUUGUAACAUAUAUCUUGUAUAUGAAAAUAUGUACAUAUUUCGAUUAAGAAAACAAUAAUAUUCAAAAUUUACC